AUGGGAAGGUCUUUAAAAACUACCAAGAAAAUUAUGUCGUAUCAUGACUUAGUUGAAAUGAUUAAAAAAGGGGCUAUUGUUUUUGAGAAAGAAUUUAAAAGUAUUCCAACAAAAGAAUCUGCUUUAAAGGCUUAUAUAAAAAAAUUAGAAAAAGAAUUAAAUAGUAUGUACGUCUCAUUAAAUUUCCAAAUUAAAAUUGAUUCUAUUGAAGACCAAUUAAAUAUGAUUGAUAAUAUUAUUCACAUAUGGAGUAUUUUACUUAAUAUAUUAAAAGAAGUCGAUCAAAUGAUAAUCCCUCAUAUUUUUUAUAAGUUUAUUAUUAUGUUGGUUAAUCGAAGUGAAGUACAACCACAUCACCUUCUUGUAAAUAAUCCUUAUCUUAAAGAAUCUAAUAGAAAUGAAUUCUUAAUAAGAGCGAUAGACCUUAGAAAAUUAACUUAUGAAACUUUUUUUUGUAUUGGAGAUAUAUUAACCUCAAAACAAUUUACAUUAUUUGCAUCAAUGAAACUUGUCUUAAAACCAAAGAAACUAUCAACAGAAAGUAUAGAAGAGUCACAAGAGAAAAGGAAACAAAAAGAAGAAGGACCAUCUCCAAAUAAAUCAAUUAAGAUUAGUAUAAAAGAAUACAAAGAUGGAAAAAUAAAUAUCAAUGAAGAUAGUUUUGAAAUAGAAAAUGAAGGUAAAGAAGAAGAUAAAAUUUAA